AUGGGAGUAAAUACCUGCUGAGGAGGAAAGUUGUGGCAGGACUCUCCCUCUCUAUGUUGUGCUGUUCUGGAUCAGAGCUCUGCUCCUGUAACCUGUAUGAGCCAUGGCGGUGAGGGGCGUUGGGGGCUGUGUGCCGCUGUUUGUUCUCGGUAUUGUUUUUGAUGUGAUCGGCCUGGUGGUGCUGCUGGUCGGCGUGUUCGCAGACCUGCGCUAUGACGGCAGGUUUUACGGAGAUUUCCUGAUCUACACCGGCUCAAUCAUAGUGUUCCUCAGCCUGAUCUGGUGGGUGCUGUGGUACACCGGGAACAUCACGCUCUCCUCUGAUGACCUGGAGAAAAUAAGCGCCCUGGACAACUUUACUCAGUGGGCUCGAAAAAUCUCCAAGAGGCUCUCAAAGAGCGGGGUGAAGAGCCUGGAGGCUGGAGAGAAGAAGCUGGUGAAUGGUGGAGGUGGAGGUGGGGAUGGGAAGGAUGGCAGGAACGGAGCUAUGCCCGUCCACCUCCCCACACGAGUAACGUGGCCAAGCCAGGACACAGCGGGCUACGAUAACGAGGCUUACGAGAGGAGCGUGGAGACUCCUUCAGUCAGCGAGAAAACAGUGGAGCUGGACACCCUGAAGAACUCCGCUCCAGAAGAAUGAGCUGAAGUGAGGGGCUGAGACUUCUUCUCUCACUGCUGGCGCGUUCUGGAGGACUGAGCUCAGCUUUGGCUUUAAAAGAAAUGGACUGCUCUUUCUGCUGUUACUGCUCUUAUUCAGGGAAGCAUGUUUUAAUAUUGCACACAUACAUUGCACAAGAUCCUUUUUUUAUGUAUUUUAAUUAGAGAGAUAUUUUUAUGAAAAUAAUUUUAUGUAAAUAUUGUAAAAAAAAAACAACAUGAAUAUAUGAAAUAAAGCUGUUUUUCAUUAAAAGGU